AUGGAAGCAACAACUUUUUGCAGCGGAUGGAUUCCUUUUCGUCCAGGACAGGAGGAGGACGUGGGGCGCGGGAGGAGGACGCCGGCGGCGAGGUGUAACGCCCAGCAGCUGUUGUACAGCUGUACCCCGUGUAUUGUAUUGUAUUGUCGGGCGGUGGCGGCUGGUGUGUGCUCUGUGGGUAAUAAGGGGAGGGAUGGCGGGCAAGGACGGCGGAUAUGA